CAAAAUGAUGGCUAUCGAACCUUAUCUUUGUCCGGUCAUGUUGGUUUUGGUAGUUUACCUGAUCAACUGGUUAAAAAAUCCAUCAAGCAGGGCUUCUGCUUCAACAUUCUUUGCAUCGGGGAAACUGGAAGUGGGAAAUCAACCUUGAUAAACAGUUUGUUUAACACCAAUUUUGAUGACCCUGUGUCAAUGCAUUUUCUGCCAAGUGUACGACUUAGAGCCCAGACUUAUGAACUCCAGGAAAGUAAUGUUCUUUUGAAGCUGACCGUUGUAAAUACAGUGGGAUUUGGUGACCAGAUAAACAAAGAAGAUAGCUAUCAGCCAAUAGUGGAUUAUAUAGAUGCACAGUUUGAAGCCUAUCUCCAGGAAGAACUGAAAAUUAAACGUUCUUUAUUUAGCUACCAUGAUACUCGCAUCCAUGUCUGCCUCUAUUUCAUUUCGCCUACAGGCCAUUCCCUAAAAACCCUAGAUUUGUUAACCAUGAAAAGCCUAGACAGCAAGGUGAACAUUAUACCAAUUAUAGGCAAAGCAGACAGCAUUUCUAAACCUGAACUACAGAAGUUCAAGAACAAAAUCAUGAGUGAAUUAGUUAGUAGUGGCAUCCAGAUAUAUCAGUUUCCAACUGAUGAUGAAACCGUUUCUGAAAUUAAUACCAUCAUGAAUGGGCAUUUGCCAUUUGCUGUAGUAGGAAGUAUGGAAGAGGUGAAAAUCGGAAACAAAAUAGUGAGAGCUCGUCAGUACUCUUGGGGCAUUGUACAAGUGGAAAAUGAGAACCACUGUGACUUUGUAAAGCUUCGCAAGAUGCUUAUUUGCACAAAUAUGGAAGACUUAAGAGAGCAGACUCAUGCACGACAUUAUGAGUUGUACAGACGCUGCAGACUGGAGGAGAUGGGCUUCAGGGACAUUAGCCCUGAGAACAAACCAGUCAGUCUACAGGAAGCCUACAAGGUAAAGAGGCAUGAGUUCUACCUUGAACUGCAAAGAAAAGAGGAGGAGAUGAGACAACAGUUUGUGCAGAGAGUGAAGGAGAAAGAAGCAAUAUUGAAAGAAGCAGAGCAACAGGUCCAGGCUAAAUUUGAACAUCAUAUGCUAAUGCAUCAAGAAGUGAAACUGAAGUUAGAGAAAAAGAAAAAAGUUCUAGAAGAUGAAAUAGUUAUGUUUAUUGAGAAGAAAGCCAAUGCUGAACUACUCCAAUCACAAGCAUCCGUCUCUACCCCUCUUCUUAGUUUGAAGAGAGACAAGGACCGCAAAAAGUAA